ACUACUCUGGUUCUUACACUUUUCUCCUCCUCAUACCACUAGUGCAAGGUCCUAGAUUUACACUUCUUGGUGCUUGCUUAGCUUGUUUCUUUCUAGCAACGAUAAUUGCCAUAGCAGCUAGCUGCUGGUAGUGAUCUAUUGGCCGGCCGACCAGGAUCGGGGGUCAGCGAGUGAGUACUACUAGCUAGCUAGCUCAUAAGCAAGCAGCAGGCAAGGCCGGCCGGAGAUGCCGACGCCGUCGCACCUCAAGAACCCGCUCUACUUCGACUUCCGCGCCGCGCGGCGCGUGCCGGAGUCGCACGCCUGGCCGGCGCUGCACGACCACCCCGUCGUGGACGGCGGCGGCGCGCCGGCGACGCCGGACGCCGUGCCGGUGGUGGACCUGCGUGAGCCCGGCGCGGCGGCGGCGGCCGGCGUGGCGCGCGCCGCCGAGCAGUGGGGCGCGUUCCUGCUCACCGGCCACGGCGUCCCCGCCGAGCUCCUGGCGCGCGUCGAGGACCGCAUCGCGUGCCUGUUCGCGCUGCCGGCCGCCGACAAGAUGCGCGCCUCGCGCGGGCCCGGGGACGCCUGCGGCUACGGCUCGCCGAUCAUCGCCUCCUUCUUCUCCAAGUGCAUGUGGUCCGAGGGCUACACCUUCUCGCCGGCCUCCCUCCGCGGCGACCUCCGCAAGCUCUGGCCCAAGGCCGGCGACGACUACGCCAGCUUCUGGUUCGUGCGUGCCGACGUGAUGGAGGAGUUCCACAAGGAGAUGCACGUCCUGGCGGGCAAGCUGCUGGAGCUGUUCCUCAGGGCGCUCGGGCUCACCGACGAGCAGGUCGCCGCCGUCGAGGAGGAGCGGAGGAUCGGCGAGACCAUGACCGCCACCAUGCACCUCAACUGGUAUCCGAGGUGCCCGGACCCGCGGCGCGCGCUGGGGCUGAUCGCGCACACGGACUCGGGCUUCUUCACCUUCGUGCUGCAGAGCCUCGUGCCGGGGCUGCAGCUCUUCCGGCACGCCCCGGACCGGUGGGUGGCGGUGCCGGCCGUGCCGGGCGCCUUCGUCGUCAACGUCGGCGACCUCUUCCAGAUCCUCACCAACGGCCGCUUCCACAGCGUCUACCACCGCGCCGUCGUGAACCGGGACCUCGACCGGAUAUCGCUCGGCUACUUCCUCGGCCCGCCGCCGCACGCCAAGGUGGCGCCGCUGCGGGAGGCCGUGCCGCCGGGCAGGACCCCCGCGUACCGCGCCGUCACGUGGCUCGAGUACAUGGGCGUCCGCGAGAAGGCCUUCGCCACCGGCGCCUCCGCGCUCAACAUGGUCGCCACCGCCGCCGAAUCCGACGAUGCCGACGCCGCCGUCCACCAGCCGCCGCUCGUCCUCUCGUCGUAGCCGAUCUCGAUCGAUCGCCGGAGACACAGACGACGGCGCAUACCGUACCCCCGAUCAAACUAAUCAAACACGCCGCCGCGCGCAACCCCGAUGAAAUGGCAUCUUCCAUUCUCGCUCGCGCGCAUGCAGCGGCCGGCCUUCCGCACCUGCUCGUCCUCCUCUGCCGGCUGUUGGGAAAAAAAAACUAAUCUGAGACGAAGACAAAGACGAAACGAACGAAGAGGAAAAGGACAUGCUGUAGCUGUUUCUUCUAGUUGCAGGCAGGCUGCUGCUCCCAGCCGAGUUUGUCGUUACUGACGAUUAUUAUCCUGAUUGAAAACUAAUCUGAAUUAAUGCAUGUGGUUUGGCAUUUGGUACUGAUCCUAGCCAGCCUGGUCAAUGAUAGGUCUAUGAUCUGAUCCUGUUCUCUGUUGUUUUCCUCUUUGUCUGAAGAAAAAUGAAAAUAAUUGAUCCGGCGGCCUUCCGGGUGCACU